UGUUACAGUUACUCGAUAUCGAUGAAACUGCCCUAAAGAUGCAUUGCUGCUUCCCUAUCUGUCAAACUAUUAUGCCAAAAUAUUAUGCCAAUCAGCCUGAUUUGUAUUGAUGAAAGAAAUUUAUUUUAAAGCAGCAAAUCUUUACAUUAAAACAUUGAAUGGAAGUAUUUUAUUGCCAAGCAUGUCUGAGCAAAGAUCGUCGGAUGUUCCCUCAGGAAAAAAUCAAGGAUUUGUUGGAAGACAUCCAUAUUUUAGAGAUAAUGUAUGAUAAAAAUGGCGUCAUCUGUUGGGAGUGUUACCAAAUAAUACUAAAGUUCUCCAGAUUCAAAUUGCAAGUCUGCCAAGCCCAGAAAACCAUGCACUUUUUGACAGAGGAAUCAAGAUGUUAUAGCAACCUUUCAACAGUUAAAAAGAAGGGAUAUGACUUCAAAUUCGUGUAUCACUCCGAUCCUCUCACGUCCGACAUCGAAAUCAAAACUGACAUCAAACUGGAGUUGUCUGAAAUUCGCGUCAAUGACUCUAAAACGGGUGACAUUAAGCAGUUAAUGAGCGUUAAGAAAUCAGAUUUAAACGAUGGGUCUUCAGAAAUUGAUAUGUAUGAAGGCAAAGCAAAUGAUGAUAUAAAUAAUGAUACUGAGUCAAUAAAUGAUGAUUACGAUGGAAUUAAUGAUGUUUCAAGUAACGAAGCUAAAAUUAACGACAAUCCAACAGUAUAUGCUGAUACAUUAGAGCCUAAACUUACAGUAAAAAAAGAGCGACAUAAAAGUGUAAAAGCGAAAGGAGUCAAAAGAAAAUCUGUCAAAGUUGAAUUUAAUGAAGAAGAAUUGAAUGAAAAGUUCGCUGUAGUUGUGUACACUGAAGAAGAAAUGCAAAAGCUUAGAGAAGAGAAGAGAAGUCAUCCCAAUUUUAAGAAGAUACCAUAUAAGUGCGAGAGCUGUGUGCUUGGGUUCACGAAGAAAGAGAACUUAGAUGUACAUUUGGAGAAGAAUCAUAAUCAAAGUAACCUAUACACCUGUGCCGUGUGUCUCUCGCGGUACUCGAACAAGGGACCUCUCUCUCGACAUAUCAGGUCUCACUAUGCGCGAUACAAGUGUACCUUCUGCGCUUACGAGACGCGCGAGGGUUGGGCCGCGUCGCGUCACUGUCGCGUCACGCACGCGUCAGAUGCUACAGGGCGGUUACACUGCCCGCACUGUGGCAAGGAAACCAGUCGAAUCCACGGCGUCAAAAGAGAGUUCGUCUGCGACAUAUGCAACAAACCUUUUAAAACGAAGACUCGACUGGAAUCCCAUAUGGUGACACAUAACGCGGCUCUCGCCAAGAAACUCGCUUACUGUGUGACGUGCCAAGUUCAGUAUAAGAAUAUAUACGUAUACAGAAACCAUCUGAAGAAUAGCGCCAACCACUCCGAGAGGGCGUACCCGUGUCCGGAGUGCAAAAAGAAAUUUGUGUCAAAUGUGUACCUGAAGAAACACUACAACUUCUACCAUCUGCAGAAAUCACAAUUCAACUGUGAUAUUUGUAAUAAGCUGUUCAUAUCUGACUGGCGCUUGAAGAAUCAUAAACAAAAACAUCAUGGCCUCAGUCGACCCAGGGACCACACUUGCAAUAUCUGCGGGAAGAAAUUCUUUACGCUGUCAACGCUCCGAGGCCACCAGCUCACGCAUUCCCCGCGGCGCUCGUUCCUGUGUGAAGGUUGCGGAGACACGUUCAGACAGCGGCCGGCUCUGUAUACUCAUGUACGCCGCGUACAUGGAGAGACAAACGGGAAACGGGGAGCGGGACCAACAAAUCUGGGGGCGAUGGCAAAAAUUAUACUCAAUACCGAUGAAACUGAUGGGCAGAUGUUUUGCCACGUAUGUUUAAGUUCUGACCGGACUCUGUUUCCUUUAGGAAAAUACAGCGAUGUGUAUUACAAUGCUUUCGGCAACUUUAUCAUGGCAGAAUUUCCUGUUAUUUUAUUAUGUUGGGAAUGUAUAGCGAUACUGAAGAAAAUAGCAUUAUUUCAAGCAAAAAUAGAACGUUCACAGAGAAUCCUCCUUGCCCAUUCUAUUGAUAAUCAAACCCCUCUAACUACGUUAAGUAGUUUAACCACUACGUACCUUAAUCCUGACCUCACAUUACUAUUUGUCGAAGACGCAGACGAAAAAACACAAAUUGAAUUAAACGUAAACAAUGAAAUAUUUAACAAAGACCUUGAUAAUAAGGAUUUAUUGCAAGAUAUCAAGGUGAAGGAAGAAGUUGAUGACUGUGACAAUGCCAAUGAUUUUGAUUGCGAAAAUACUGAUUUACUCGAUGAAAUCAAAACUGAAUUAGAAAAUGUUAAAGUUGAAAACCCUCAAGUGGUUAAGAAAAAGAAAUAUGCGAGUCGAACCAAAGACAGACCAUACAAGGUAAAUAAGAAAGUUCUGAUGAAAGAUCUAAAAGAAAUGUGUAAAAUAACAUACAUCGGAUUCGAUGAGAUAAAAGAAAUGUUGGAGAGAGAAAGAAAUAGUUCGUAUUAUAAGAUCCGGUACAAAUGUAAGACUUGUGUUCUGGGCUGGUCAAGCAAAGAAUACUUGGAACGUCAUAAUGUGAAGUUUCAUAGUCAGUCUUCACCAUACUCGUGUGAUUUCUGCAACGCCCGUUUCGAUUGCAAGCGCCGUCUGUCCACCCACAUGGACCGACAUCGCGAGGUGUUCGAGUGCCGGUCGUGCGGUCAUCGGGCGUCGAGUCGAGAGCGAAUCAGACGCCACCUGGCUGGUAUGCAUCGCGUCCGAUGCAAAGGCUGCGAAGCUUCAUUCCGCACCGUCCGUUUAUUCUUCAAACACUAUAAGCAAUACCAUGAAAUAUUUGUAUGUGAUUAUUGCACGAAAAAAUGCAAAUCUAAAAGGAGUAUUGAAAAGCAUAUAAAAAACCACCACGCGGUUAGCUACCGCUGCGACGAAUGUUCUAUCACGUUCAAAAGCAAAAAGUACUACAAAAGCCACAACGAGCGCAAACACGUGGUUUCUAUGGGCGACGACGCGUACUGUGUGGAAUGCGACAAGCAGUUCAAGAAUGCGCUCUUGUACAGGGAACACGUUAUGACGGGACCCGCGCAUCGGCAGAAUGGGGGGAAGAAGGGCAUAUUUCCAUGUUCGGAGUGCGACAAUACCUAUGCUAGAAAAGAAUCCUUGAAGAACCACCACGACUUCGUACACUUGAAGAAAUCCAGGUUUAAAUGCGUGGAGUGUAAUAAUAAGGUAUGCCAUCAUCAUCAACAUCAUCAUUUCAGCUAC